GGCUGCCAUCUUGCCCGGUGCGGAGCCGCUGUCGCUCCCCCGAAAGCAGGGCGGAAGCAAGUGUGUCCUUCUCGAAUUGCGUCCCUUUCCACUGCGAGACCUAUCCGACAGCCUCCGCUGGCUGCCGAGUCCGAGUCUAGGCCAAUGAACUAACCCACCACCCGCUCUCCACCCCGCCGAGGCACCCAGCCUCCCGCCGGCCGCGAUGCCGAACGUGCAGCUACCGCCCAAGGAGAGCAACCUCUUCAAACGCAUUCUGAAAUGUUAUGAACAGAAGCAAUACAAAAAUGGCCUCAAGUUUUGCAAGAUGAUUCUUUCAAAUCCAAAAUUUGCUGAACAUGGAGAAACUUUGGCUAUGAAAGGAUUAACAUUGAACUGUUUAGGAAAAAAAGAAGCAGCAUAUGAAUUUGUUCGUAAAGGACUUCGUAAUGAUGUCAAGAGUCAUGUCUGUUGGCAUGUAUAUGGACUCUUGCAGCGUUCUGAUAAGAAGUAUGAUGAAGCUAUUAAAUGUUACCGAAAUGCUCUCAAAUUAGAUAAGGAUAAUAUGCAAAUUUUGAGGGAUCUGUCUCUGUUGCAGAUUCAAAUGAGAGACCUUGAAGGUUACCGAGAGACAAGGUAUCAGCUUCUUCAGCUGCGCCCAACACAACGUGCUUCCUGGAUUGGAUAUGCUAUUGCAUACCAUUUGCUGAAAGACUAUGAUAUGGCAUUAAAACUGUUGGAAGAAUUUAGACAAACUCAGCAAGUUCCUCCCAAUAAAAUAGAUUAUGAAUAUAGUGAACUGAUCUUAUACCAGAAUCAAGUGAUGAGAGAGGCAGAUCUAUUUCAGGAAUCUUUGGAUCAUAUAGAAACUUAUGAGAAGCAAAUAUGCGAUAAACUUUUGGUGGAAGAAAUUAAAGGGGAAAUGCUGUUGAAAUUGGGAAGAUUAAAAGAAGCCAGUGAAGUAUUCAAAAACUUGAUUGAUCGGAAUGCAGAAAAUUGGUGUUAUUAUGAAGGCUUGGAAAAAGCUCUACAACUUAGCACUUUAGAAGAGAGGCUUCAAAUUUAUGAAGACAUUAGUAAGCAGCACCCCAGAGCAAUUUCACCUAGAAGAUUACCUUUGAAUCUUGUCCCAGGUGAAAAAUUUAGAAAGCUAAUGGAUAAGUUCCUGAGAGCUAACUUCAGUAAAGGCUGCCCACCCUUAUUUACCACUUUGAAAUCUUUAUUUCACAAUGCAGAAAAGAUUUCUAUAAUCCAGGAGCUUGUUACUAAUUAUGAAGCCUCUCUUAAAACGUGUGACUUUUUUAGCCCUUAUGAAAAUGGGGAGAAGGAACCCCCAACGACACUACUCUGGGUUCAGUAUUUCCUGGCACAGCACUUUGAUAAACUUGGACAAUAUUCUUUGGCUUUGGAUUAUAUCAAUGCUGCGAUUGCUAGUACUCCAACUCUGAUAGAAUUAUUCUAUAUGAAAGCAAAAAUUUACAAGCAUAUAGGUAAUCUCAAAGAAGCUGCAAAGUGGAUGGAUGAAGCACAGUCUUUGGAUACAGCUGAUAGAUUCGUCAAUUCCAAAUGUGCAAAAUAUAUGCUUCGAGCAAAUAUGAUAAAAGAAGCAGAGGAAAUGUGCUCCAAAUUCACAAGGGAAGGAGUAUCUGCCAUGGAAAAUCUAAAUGAAAUGCAGUGCAUGUGGUUUCAAACAGAAUGCAUUUUAGCUUAUCAGCGUCUGGGGAGAUACGGGGAUGCCUUGAAAAAAUGCCAUGAAGUAGAAAGGCAUUUUUUUGAGAUAACUGAUGAUCAAUUUGACUUCCAUACAUACUGCUUGAGAAAGAUGACCCUUCGUGCUUAUGUUGACCUUUUGAGAUUAGAAGAUACACUCAGAAGACAUGCCUUCUAUUUCAAGGCUGCUAGAUCAGCGAUUGAAAUAUACUUGAAAUUGUAUGAUAAUCCCUUAACUAAUGCAAGUGAACAACAAGAAAUAAAUUCAGAAAACCUGUCAGCCAAAGAAUUGAAGAAAAUGCUUAGCAAGCAGAGAAGAGCUCAGAAAAAGGCUAAAUUAGAAGAAGAGAGAAAACAUGCAGAAAGGGAACGACAACAAAAAAACCAAAAGAAAAGAAGAGAUGAAGAAGAGGAAGAAGCUAGUGGUCUCAAAGAAGAACUUAUUCCUGAAAAAUUAGAAAGGAUAGAAAAUCCAUUAGAAGAAGCUAUCAAGUUCCUUAUACCUCUUAAGAACCUUGUUGCUGAUAACAUCGACACUCAUCUAUUAGCAUUUGAAAUAUAUUUUAGAAAAGGAAAGUUUCUGUUAAUGCUGCAGUCUGUUAAACGAGCUUUUGCCAUAAACAGUAAUAACCCCUGGUUACAUGAAUGUUUAAUUAAAUUUUCUAAAUCUGUGUCUAAUCAUAGUAAUCUUCCAGACAUUGUGAGCAAAGUUCUAUCUCAAGAAAUGCAGAAAAUAUUUGUCAACAAGGAUUUAGAAAGUUUUAAUGAGGAUUUUCUCAAACAUAAUGCUGCGUCUCUUCAGCAUCUACUGUCAGGUGCUAAAAUGAUGUAUUUUCUGGACAAGUCAAGGCAAGAGAAAGCCAUCACUAUUGCCACUAGACUGGAUGAAACUAUAAAAGAUAAAAAUGUAAAGACUUUAAUAAAGGUUUCUGAGGCACUGCUUGAUGGCAGCUUUGGGAACUGUAAUUCCCAGUAUGAAGAAUACAGGAUGGCCUGUCAUAACCUGCUUCCUUUUACUUCUGCUUUCCUUCCUGGCGGGAAUGAAGUCAACAGUCAUACUAUGGCACUAAACCAUACAGCUAACUAUAAUGUCUUGGUCAGUGAAAUAUGAAAUCCCAUAGAAAGUUGAUUCCUAUAAUACUGAAAGCUGAAUUCAGAUCAGGGUUUUUUGUUUUGUUUUGUUUUUGUGUGUGUGUGUGUGUAUGAAAUUAAAUAAUUGGAUAGAAUUUUAAAAUGGAGUAUUCUUAAGCUUAUUUCAUUCUUAAUCUGUCUCUUCCAAUUUACAUAAACAUCUGUUAAAAUAACCUGUUUAUACUUGUACAGUUUUUUUAAACUUUUGAAUUAUCAGCAUUGUGAUGGGUGCUGUCACUUCUAUAUCAUAAAUAUGAUAAUUUCUUAUUAUGCUAAAUUGUAUACAGCCCCUCUGUAUUUUCUUUAGAUCCUGGCUUCAGGGUUUUGAUCCCUUACUAGUUUAUUUCUUCUAUUGUUUGCUUUUUUAAUUAAAACAUGUCAUUUUUAAAGUAUUAACUAUAUUAAAAACAAUACAGAAUUCCUUUUGGCAGAUAUUGAGGUUUAUUUUUAAAUUUACUUCAGUUUGCCCUUUUUUCCCCAUUAAUUUUUUCACAAAUUUCCAUUUUUUAAAAUAUUCCUGAAAAUGGUACUUUCUGUUGAAUAAGGGUCCUCCAGUUUUAUGUAGAUGAUUCAGAAUGUGGGGAUUGGUUUGCCUCUUAACCAUGGAAAUUCAAUGGUAACUUUGUUGCCCAUCUCUAGACCAGUCUUAAAGAUCCAUAGGCAAGAACUAUGCUUUCUUGACUAAAUUGCUUUGCAUGUUUAAUAAUAGUUACGUCUGAGUAAUUUGCUUCAAGGGGGCACGAUAGGGCAGAACAUAAAUAAAUCAUAAUGAAACGUUUUUGCUCUAUAGCCAUGCAUUGACUAUUAAAUAUGUUUUUAAUUGGCAAAUGAGAAUUUAAACUAUCAUUUAGUAUAACUAUUAAGAUAUAGUAUUGAGCAAUAUUUUUUGGGGGAGGGUAGCUUUGUUCUAUCUUGUACAGAAAACAAUGGAAUCAUUCAGUGUUUUUUUCUGAAUUGUGUAAAUAUGUCUAAUAAUACUUCCCUUUAAGGCAAAUAUAAAUACAAAAAAAGGGAUAUUUUAUUUAGAGAAUCUGUUAUAAUUAAAAGAGUUUUCCUUCACUCUAAGCUAUUCAUAAUUAAGAGAAAAGAGCUCACUGUAAAAUAACACCAGUGUAUAUGAUGGUAUAAUAAAUUAUUUUGUACACAGUUA